GGUCAGCACAUACUUGACGCAUACAUAAAAGAAGAAAGCAUCGAUUAAAAAAAUGGUAUAGUGAAGUUACUGGUAUUAGCAUCAUUUCUCAUUCAACUGAUGUUAAGUUCAAACUACGAACUGAGGAUUGUGGUCGUAACUCGGUAUCAAAUUAAAGUGUACAAAAUCGAGAUAUUUUCUGGGAAGUUUCAUUUGAGGAGUUAGGAAAAUUGAGAAAGUGUAGAAAAUGGAUCAAAGCUUUAUAAAAAAAAUAUGCGAAAUAAAUAAAAUGCGCAGUAGCCUACGAAGUACCAGUGAACAUACAGAACAAAACCGUUCGGAGGAACAUAAAUAUGCAGAGACACAAAGUUCAUCGGAAGAAAUAAAAGUUACGGUUGAACAGGAAGUUAAAAUGGAAAAAGAGCCUGACGGAAAUCCUACUAACAAUCCUACUGCUAAGACUGAAGAGAAAGGUCUAGAUUGUUCAAAAGAUCCAAAACACGGUGAGACGUCUGCAAAUCGAGACGACGAUAUGUGGUCAGAUGACGAUGACAGCAACCACAUUUCGCGAAGUGUACUCAGUACGUUGCGUGAAAAAUUGGAUGAUCGGGCAGAAAAUUCACAUCGUUCCAUCCGAAAACACAGCCCUAUUCGAUAUGUUGGAUAUCAAUCAUACCGUUCCCGUUCACCUAUAAGACGUAAUCGUAGUAAGGCAAGGGCAGAUGCAAGAAGAUCGAAAAGUCGUGAUAGACGUCGUCGCGAUUACUCUACCGAUAAAGAAACUGGAAAAAGAUCGAGAAGCCGCGAUAGACGUCGUCGCGAUUACUCUACCGAUAUAGAAGCUGGAAAAAGAUCGAGGAGCCGCGAUAGACGUCGACGCGAUUACUCUACAGAUAAAGAAGCUGGAAAAAGAUCGAGGAGCCGCGAUAGACUUCGACGUGAUUAUUCUACCAUAAGAGAAGCUGGAAGCAAAUCGAGAAGUCGCAGUAGAGGUCGUCGAAGCGUUACGCCAUACCGACGAGCUCAGCAUAGAAUUGAAAAUAAAAGAUCGAGAAGUCGGAGCACCGGUCGUCACAAUUAUUCUUCCGAUAGAGAAUCCGGAAAAAGGUCAAGAAAUCGCGAUAGACAUCGCCCCGAUUACUCUAGAAAAAGAUCGAAAAGUAGCAAAAGACGUCGGCGUGACCACUCUACAGAUAAAGAUGGUGAAAGAAGAACGAGAAGUCGUAGUAGAGGUCGUCGCGAUUACUCCACUGAAAGGAAAUCGAGAAGUGGUAAUAGACGUCGGAGAAGCGUUACGCCGUACCAACGAACUCAGAAUAGAGUUGAAAAAAGAAGAUCGAUGAGUAAAAGUGAAAACGAUACAUAUCGCAAUUACACUAGCGAAAAAAAUUAUGGAAGACAUGAAGAUCAGCUGAACAGAUCUCCUGGUUGUUUGCGUGAAUCUCCGAAAAUGGGUGCGACCGAUUCUGAAGCCAGCUCUAACGUUACUGAUCAAAAAGGGGAACAGAAAUUUUCUUGCAGUAGAACGACGAUUGAAAUAUUGAGAUCGAGAAUACAGUCUACCCUUAAGAAUGCAGCGUCGUCAACUGUAACAUCCGAAAAGAUUAGCCAAAAAGUGCAGUCGAAUUCGUUUGAAGAAUAUCGAAGUGAGACGUUGGAGACAGGUGACACAGAGUCCAACGGGAAUGGCAUUUGUUCCGAAGAAUCAAUGUCGAGAGUUGAAGUAAACAUCGACGAAACUAUUUUUAACAAAAUUGUUCUAACGGCAACAUCAUCUGCCUCAAAACCGACGAUGGACGUCGACAUAGCUCCGGCUAUCGAACUCACCGAUUCAAUGCAAUUUAACCGAAUGGACCCGCGCACCAAAAAUGUUCAAGGUUCACAAAUCGAAGUUCCACAAUCGGCAAAAACUUUGUUCGAUUCAAUUAAGGAUCCACGAAUACGAAAAAUGAUUCAAACGCCAAAUCAACAGCAACCGAAUCAACAGCAACCGCAUCAACAGCUGCAACAUCAACAGCUGCAGCAUCAACAGCUGCAACAUCAACAGCUGCAACAUCAACAGCUGCAACAUCAACAGCAGCCGCAUCCACAGCAGCCGAAUCAACAGCAGCCGAAUCAACAGCAGCCGCAUCAACAGUUUCCCUAUCAACAUCAGCCGCUCUAUCAAUAUCAGCAUCCAUAUCAAAUGCAGUCAUUUCAAAACCAGCCAUUUCAACAGUAUCCAUAUGACAUGCAGCCAUUUCAACAUCAGCCAUAUCGAAAUGAGAAUCAGACAUUUGGAUCAGAAAAUAUGCUUGCAAAAUGUGGUGACUCGCGUGGUCCGAACAAGAAAAAAUCAGUAAUAACAUACGGAGAGUACAAAAAACAACAAUUACGUGGAAACUCAUCAGGAACCAGUAAUAAAGCGAAAAUGUCCAAAUUGGAUACCACACCAACAGUGAAAUCAUCAGAAUUGAUUUCUACUCCAAAAGCGAAAGCACCAGAAGUCAUUCCCACUCCAAAUACGGAAAUAUCUCAGGUCCUUUCUACUCCAGAAGCAGACGUACCAGAGUUCAUUUCUUUCCCAGAAACGGGAGCAUCGGAAUUGGUUCAGUCACCGGAAGUAAUUCGAAAUGCAGAAAAAAUCGUAACUCUAAAGAAAGCUACGAAAAAGCAGACAGAUGAACAGAGCAACAAUAAAAUAACUGAGUCAGUAACGCUACACGAACAAUCGAAAUUCACCCUAAAGUCGAAGGGCACAAAAACUCGAGGAAAGAAAACUACGGUAAAACAUGCUGUGACUCACAAUAAGCGUAAAACAAAGAAAAUUGUCAAGUCAGUAAAUUCAGACAAGCAACUUAAAAAAAGCUCAAGACCAGAGGACGCUAAAAUGCGAGGGAAAGUUCUGGAAAAACAGGCAGCGGUUCAUGAAAAGGGCGACGACGAUAGAAUAAAGUUCGAACACACUGUAAAUACCACAGUAAAUGAAGGAAGCAGCUCGUCGUCAAGCCAGGCUUUGAGUGCGUUGAAGGAGAUAGUGAAUCCUCAACAAUUACUUACGUUGUUGGACAUAAUGAAGCAAAUGACUGAAAAUAACUCCUUAGCUGAAGUAAAGGAAGCACUGAAAAUAUGCACAUCCGACGAAGAUGCAACUGCAGUCAAAAAAUUGGAUUCUACUUUAACCGCAUCGACUGGCAAUCAAACGAAAAUAAAGAAAAAUGAAUUGGACAGACUGCACGAAGAUAUCAAUAAUAUGUUCAUUCGAGAUGGAGUGCUCAAUGCCAAUGGUCGCAGACGAAACGUUUCCACGUCGGACAAAAAAUCUUCGAUGACAGAUACUGUUGGUGUUGAAGGAAAACGAAAAAAGAAACGAGAACCUGCUUCUGACAAUGCCGGUGUCAAUUCAAAAAAGCAGCGUCCGGUAAUAUCAGACGAUAUUAAAGGAAUACCCUGCACUGGUGGCGGUCCAGUUAUCCUACUGACAAGACUGAUACCGAUGAAACAACCACGAACCAAAAACAACAACGUAGAGUGGCACAGUUUGAAAACAGUAUUGCCUUGUCAGAUUUGUUACGAUCCACCGGGGAUAUCGUUGAUAAGUCACUACGUAAAUUUUCAUCCGGAUGCCGAGGUGUUAAAUAGUCGACUUGCGCCGGAAGCAGUACAACGUCUUCGUUCUUCAACCGACUUUCCUCAAUGUGAAGGAGUUCGGUCGGACACUGCUCUUCUGUAUAAGGAAUUUUGCUACUUCUGCAACACGAACUGCACCUACACGAAGCAAGGUUGGAUUUCCCACCUGAUAAGGCAUACAGGCUAUUACGAUUAUAAAUGCAGCGGUUGUUUCCGGAAAUUCAGUUCGAGGGCUCAAUAUCAUGCGUGCGGCGUUCCAAAUAGUGCCAUCGAAAGGAUUAACCAGCCAAUAUUCCAGCAACCGAAUAUUACGGCCUACGUUUGUGAACUAUGCAAUUACGUACGCUUUUUUGAAAGUGAAAUGAAGAUGCAUUUGAAUAACGAGCACGAAAUCGACGAAAGAAAGGAUUUUAAGAAAUUCGCGUUCUUCACCAUACCGCCGGCGGGGAAGCUCGGACGUCCUCGUAAAACAUGAAUUCGAAAUACGAUGAGCCAAUUGGAAGUCAAUUCGAUCCGGAUGAUGAACAAUGAUAAUUAUCGUGACGUAGUACUUAAGAAACUAAUAAUAAAACACAAAAUUGUUUAAAAUUGUCUGUUAGCAACGAAAAGCUAGCGCUUAUUACCCACCCUUAAUGUAGUCAUAUAUAUUAUGGCAAAAUUAUUGUUUUAACAAGUGAAUUGAAUAAAUCAAGUAAUAGAUU